AUGGCCGAAAUCACAGCACUGGAUGCCCUCCAAGCCUUCCACCAAGGGCUUCUUUCGUUACGUGAGGGUCGCAUCGAUGGCGCCGAGACGCUGAACAACGAGUUCCUCGUGCAGGUCUUUGAGAAGGAGCUUGGGAGGCUUUGGUCCAAGCCACCACGAAGCGAUAAUAGUCGAAAUGUGGUAAAGACUGGCAAGGUUGUCAUUGACGGCGACGAAUACUCGAUAAACGAAAACUUCCAACAAGAUGCGCUUACCCUUUCCGACGAAGUCGAUGUCGACGAACUCGAAGCCACGCGAUGCCUCCUCGAAUCGCAAGAAGACCCUUCCACUCUCGGUCGAUCUCUCCUCGAAUGCGGCAUCAUCAGAUUCCACCAACAACGCAAGUACGUUCUCGAUGCCGUACGCCUUCUGCUAGAACUCGAGAGCCUGGAGGGAGAGCUUGAGGACUCUGAUGCGUUGGAAGGCAUCAAGCUCUAUGUGGCAGAGCGCUUGCUUCAGCCCGCCAUGGGUGCAGAUGCUUCUAAACGCAUCGUGCCACGGUGCAUCGCUGCUAUGAAAGAGAUCAAGGCGUGGUUGCAGAAGCUAGCGGACAAGAUUGCGGCUGCUCAAACUCUGGGUCAGGCUGGCCCAGGUCGGAUUUCUGAGGAAAUGGAGACGGUCGAGUUUUCUCGCGUUAGCUUGAUGCAGCAGCAUGAGCUCCUUGGAGUCAUACUUUGUCGCAGUGUCGAAAUGAGGCAAGCAUCAACCUCAGACUUCAUGGAGUUCGUCUCCACGCUGAAGAGACUUGACAAGUACGAUGCUCUACUAGUCCAUUUAAUGCCAACGAUUGGAGCCUACAUAUCAGUCUUCGGUUCGGCUGAGGGAGGUUACGACUUGAUUAAGGCUCGAGAGUUACAUAACAAACUCUUCCCCACCGAUGAGACACCAUGGACGCUCUCUUACCUUCAGGCCGCGUUCCGGGCUUGGUGGCUCGCAGAAUACAGUGGCUUCUAUGUGGAUGAUCCCCCAGAGGCAGCGAUCCCUCCUAAUACGGAUCUAGAUGAGGAGGACCGCCAAAGGUCGAAACAAUUUUUGGAAGCUUUGAAGGAUGGUGCUUUCGAUUUCCUACUUUCUAUCGCCGCCGAUGUCAAGUCUCCAGAUUGGCAUGACCCUGUGAGAGCAGGCAUGCGCAAGUGGCUUCAGCGAAAAUCCCCUGCUCUGGCCGCUGACGCAGUUCAAUUCUCCGCCUUCUUCCAGACAUGUCUCAUGGCUCAACUCGAGGUCUUUGUGGAUGCAUUCAUUUCAAACUUGCCGGAUGUCCUCCGAAAACUCCGCGUUGAGGAGGAUGAACAGCGCCAGUUGAGCCAAGCUCACGAGCAAGAUUUGGAUUUGGAACGGUUCUUGCUCAUUAUUGCAUAUUCAUACGAGGGGCGACCCGAGGCAGCCAUGAACUUCUGGUCCGAUCCUGAGAGCAAUCUUGCUGGGUUCAUGCAUUGGGCUUCCCGCAGGGCUUCGACGCCUCUGGUCACCGCGUUUUGCGAGAUGCUACAGGCCAUAUCAGAGAAUGAAGAGUGUGCCACCGCAUCCCAUGAGUUCCUUGUCGACGAGGGUCACCAUUCCUCUGGAAAGAUGAGAAGAUCUCAAUCCUUAACAUGGGCCCAGAUCUUCAGAGAACUGGAUUUCUUUUCUGGAAAGAUCAGGCAGAAACCGACUCAGACUCCCCAGUCGAGAUUCCGCGGCGAUAAGCCAACCAGUGACCAAGCAGAGACCGAGCCCGAAUCGGCCAUGAUGCUUGAAUGUUAUCUUCGUCUGAUGUCGAAGCUAGCAAGCGAAAGUGAGACCACCAGACAAUUCCUUCUUCACAACCCCAACUACAACUUGGUUGAGACUCUCUACGAACUCGCCAGCAGUCCAAUCCCCCCUCGGUUACGCGGCUGCACCUUCAUGGCACUCAAGGCUUUAAUGGCCAGGAAGAGUCUCCAAGAAGGUCAUGUCAUGUGGAAUUGCCUGGACACGUGGAUUGCAGGAGGUUAUGCGCCCGCCCCGGCAACAGGCCCCCAUCGCCAAGCUCAGCUUUCUCCCACUGUAUCCAUGGAUCGUAUCUUCGACGAGAUUAGCAACGGCUUCGAAGAUCCAGAAUCCUUUAUUCAGCUCCUGCUGGUGCUGGUGUGCCCAGCCAUUGAUAGCAGUCCACUAAAUGACGGUCUGCCGUUUCCGGAAACCCUCGGAUCGGUGUUUCGUAUGCCAGGGAUUGAAGUCUACGUGGAUUUCGUCAUGGGACUUGUCUUUUCUUCGAAAGCAAACGACCUCCAAGAUGCACACCAGACACGGGUGCUCCGGCUUAGUUGCCUGGAGUUUAUCCUUACCUGCCUGGCCACCUUCAACGAAGACCUCAUUGUCAUGGCCAACGAAACGAGCAUCAAUGUUGACUCUGUCAUCUCAACAACCGACCUCGCAACGUAUGUUAGAAUGCAUCCGUUCGCCAGAGUAAUGGAGUGGAUGUUCAACGACAAGGUCAUGACGGCGCUUUUCAACACCAUCCACCAGGAGCCUGUAGAUGUCGGCAAUGCUGCCCCUGACUCGCCACUUAUUCUCGGGAUCCUCCGUGCCGUCGAAGUCAUCACGAAGGUUCUCGAUCUCCAGGCCACCUACCUUGAACUGGUCCGACCCAUAAUCAAACUUCAGUCAAACCAGCGCCGGUCCCCCGUGGCCAACGCUGCGUUUGCUUCAUUUGAAGACGGGCUGGUUACCAGACUGAACCUUGUCGUCGAUCUUGGCAACUACUGCGGCAUCGGACACCCUGAAGUUACUCUUGCGUGCCUGAAGCUGCUCGAAAAGAUGUCGUCCUCUUCCAAAAUCACCGCCAUCUGGUCAGGUUCUAGCCGACGCGCCCAUCGCAAUAAAGCGAUUGUUGCUCUGGAAGCCAACGGUGAACACGAGGCGAUAUCGCGCUCUUUUGUCUCUGAGUUAAUCACUCCCCUUGAAUCCGGGAGAGAGGCAGAGUCACCAGCCUAUGUCACCAAGAUCUAUAUCCUCGACUUUUUAUACCAAUGUCUACAGGAAACGCCCAGGAAGCCGACCAUCGCACAUUUGCUACUUGGUUUCAAAUGCGGAGUUGACUCCCUCUCAGUCGAUUCUAAGGGAGCAUUUGCCGACAGGACGUCCCUAUUCCAUACCUUGUUGAGACUUCUCUUAGAGGCGCCCUCCAGCGAUGCUCAGGGUAUGCGGCAGUGGCUAAUUGCCAUCAAGUCACGGGUGAUGCGUAUUCUCCAUAUCCUUUGGAGCUCGCCCCUUUCCGCGCCAGUCGUGAACGAUGAGUUGCGCGAAAACGAGAUUCUUUUCCACCUUCUUCUACGUGAAGUGGUGAUCAGCCCAGAGCUGCCUUGGGAGGGAGAGAAUGUGACCAUGGUUCACUUUCCCAUGACGGACGGCGCGAUCGCCCUCAUCGACUUCUUGGUCUUGCGAAGCAUGGCUUUGGAGUACAUUGCCAUGGAACUUUGCAGCAUUUCGCAGAACCGUAUGCCGAGUAUCAAGCGCCGAAUCUUCGAGGCUCUAAAUGGGCAGAUUAUUGGGGAAAGCAACACCCCUAUACAGAUCCCCACCAUCUUUGACCUCUACGACUUCCUACUUCCAGAGGGAGUUUGGGAUAUUCCUCUGCCCCCGCUUCAGUUCUAUAAGGACAUCGACUUAUCGGUUUGUUUGGAGAUUGAUGUUGACUCAAACUCAAUCUACAACAUCGAGCGCGUUAAGGAGAUCCUACUCUUGAAGCGUGGCGAGUCUCAGGGCUCGGGUGCACUAAUUGCAGCCCAGGACUUAGCAGCUCUUGAAAGGGAGGAGGGCAUGAUCUUGGAGUUCCUCAUCUCAUCGAACCGACAAAAGCAGCUCGCCACCCAGAGCCUCAAGGUUCUCAAGACCUGGACCAAGCUCUUGCUUGUCAUGAUUGAGUCCAACGACUUCAAAGGCACAGCGCAGACCUCCUUCUUCUUGCAAGCUCUUCAGUCAAUUCUCCCAAGUCUUGAGGCCUUUGCAUCCGAGCGACCUGAUGAAGCGAUCGAAUUGGCGAAACUCGCCAGGAUUCUCCUCUUCAAGCUCGACUUGUCGGCCUCUGAGGGCGACAAGAAUGGCCAGGCCAUCGGUAACCUGAUCAGCGACAAGCUAUACCAGCUCUUCCAAAUUUGCCUCCAAGCAAUCGGCAAGUGGGCUGGCACUCCAGAGCUGAGAUCGGUUUACUACGGCAUCUGCUACCGCUACUUGACUGGCAUCUCAGACCAGGGGCCAUUGACCUCCAACCGCCCCAAGACCAUUAAGACCAUCCAGGUUUAUGGGGAGAGACUUAUCAACGUCAUUUGCGACGAUGCCUAUGGUGGUGAGGCGGAGUGCCAAACAGCAGCCCUCAUUCUUCUUAACGCCUUGGUCAAUAUGGGUCGGCAGGAGAGCGACGAUCAUGUUGUGGAGACGUUGAACCGGCUCAACUUUAUCGGCAUCAUGGUAGACUCGCUCCGAAACAUCAUGCAAGAAUGGCAUGAGGUCUUCGCUUCUGGCCUCUCUGAGCAGCAGAAUUACCAGAACGCACGCCUCGCGCUCCUCCUAGAGCUCUCGCAGACCCGAACCGGUGCCAAAUACGUCCUCCAUUCGAACCUCUUCCGGGCACUCGACCUCUCUGGUCUAUUUGCGGCGGAUCCAGAGCUUCAAACCAACGGGUCUAACCCACGUGCCCUGGAACAGCACUUUGACCUACUCGCCCAGAUGGUUCGAAUCGUCGGUGCCGCGCUCGUAAGCCGUGGCAGUCAUAAUGUCGUACAGGGUCGCCGGUUCCUCACUGAUCACCGCAUGCUCGUCACGCACACGCUCAAGCGCAGCGCGGGUAUUGGUAGCGGCACUGCCGACGACGGCCUUGACCUGCGGGUGGAGGAGUUGGCUGAGGGGUUGAUGGUUAUCAUUGCAGCAACAGGGUUCCUCGAGUUCGAGAAUGACGUUAUACCGGAACCCAAGCAGCAGAACAUUGGACUCUUCCAUUAG